UUGUUGCAAAGCUAUAUAAGGAAGGUUGAACGUGAGUCUGUUGCUGUGCAGCUGUCCAGUGUCACUCUCUGACCAUGGGAACAAAACAGACUCACAUCCAUGCAGUGCAGCAGGCCAGCUUCCUGCUGAGAGCAUCUCUGCUCUUUGCCCUGCUGUGUGGCCCACAGCAUGUGGUUUCAGACUCAGAUGAGGCAGUCCUGACUGACUGGGACAUCUGGAAGAGCAGCCAUGGCAUAGCCUAUGACGAAAUGGACGACAUGCAAAGGAGGGUCAUCUGGGAGGAGAACAAAAGGAUGAUUGAUGACAAUAAUCAAGGGUUUUUCAUGGGCACGAAGUCAUUCACUAUGGCCAUGAAUAAAUAUGGAGACCUGACAAAACAAGAGUACCUGGUCUUGCAAGGUGCCUUGAUAGAUGUCGGAUUUGCCAAGAGAGGAAAGACUGUCUCAUCCCGAAGGCUGCGAAACAAUGCUAGGAAGUUAGAUGCUUGGGUUGUUGACUACAGGAAGAUGGGUUAUGUCACUGAAGUGAAAGACCAGGGCUACUGUGGCUCGUGCUGGGCUUUCAGCACUACAGGAGCUAUCGAAGGACAAAUAUAUAAAAAGACAGGUCAGCUUAUAUCUUUGAGUGAACAAAACCUUGUGGACUGCUCCAAAUCUUAUGGCACCUAUGGCUGCAGUGGUGCCUGGAUGGCCAAUGCCUACGACUAUGUGAUCAGCAAUGGACUGCAGUCAACAAGUACCUACCCAUACACCUCUGCGGAUACCCAGCCCUGUUACUACGACAGCAGACUUGCAGUUGCCCAUAUCAGAGACUACAGGUUUAUACCCAAAGGAGAUGAGCAAGCCUUAGCUGAUGCAGUAGCAACUAUCGGUCCAAUCACAGUGACCAUUGAUGCAGAUCAUUCAAGCUUUCUGUUCUACAGCUCAGGAAUAUACAAUGAGCCAAACUGUAACCCUAACAAUCUGAGUCACGCAGUGCUUCUGGUUGGCUAUGGCUCUGAAGGAGGCCAGGAUUACUGGAUCAUCAAGAACAGUUGGGGGACCAGUUGGGGUGAAGGUGGCUACAUGCGAAUCAUCCGAGAUGGCAGAAAUGCUUGUGGCCUUGCGAGCUAUGCUUUGUUCCCUAUUCUGUGAUUCCCAUGAAAUGUCUCAGCUGAAUGCUAAUACUAAACUCUCACGCUCAAACCUCAUUCAUUGUUUUUAAAGUGCUCCAGUUAUCCUUAUUUUCUGAACCUUCUGCUGAACCUUUCUGAUACUGUAGAUAAUGUUUUGUUUAAAAACAUAAGUCUUUUACAGUGAAAAUAUUGCUUCUCUCAGGGACAUUGUACUGUGUGUACAACCUCUAGCCAGUCUCUGUGGCUAGAAAUUCAGUUAGUGGCCCAAAAAUUUUAUUAAUUGGCAAACUCACAAAAUAUGAAUAUUUAAAAGUGGGAAUCUUUAUAUCUCAAUAUCAAUGAGACUAUGUAACUUUGGAUACAGGUUAAUAUACUAUAAUACUAGAUAAUAUAGAUAACAAAUAUAAGACUUGCUCCAACCUUUUUGGUCUGGUAUGGAAUGCGGCUUAUGGUGGCUAAUUUUGAUAGUGUGUGCAAACUUACUGUAGCCUAGGGUAGACCUAUAACAGACAAUGCUGAGUGAAUUAGCUGACUUUGUGACUCGACUCUAUAUGUGAUACUGUUACAGCAGUUUCUCAUUGUAGCUAAAUGCUGACGAAAUUCAACACCAAAAUUACACAGUGAAAUCAGUUAUUCCAAUGGAGUCAUCGCAUUGCUAGACUUUAUAGUGGAGAUGUAGCAAAUCUGUGCAAAUUUUUUAUUUCAUUUUGAUAAAUUUUAAUCUGAGUUGUGUAGUUAGCCAGUAGGUAGCAUUCUUGACAUUGCUGGAGAGUCUAAGCACCAGUGCGCAACUUUCAUAGGAAUGACUGAAGGCGUAAACCUCUGAUACUUGACAAAACAGAAGCUGUUGCUCAUUAGCUCAGCUGUGUUACACCAGCUGUUACACUGGUCCAGUGUUGCCAAGUCUUUUCCAGUGAGUAGCUAGCUUGCUCCUGAAGUUGUUAAUAGUUGUCAGAUGACAUUAUAUGCUUAUUUGCAUAUUGACAGUGUCAUCACCCAACAAUUUAAUAGUUGUGUCAGCUAUAUAAAAUGUAGACAGAGAAAUCUUUAGCCAAAUUAUCACAAAAAACACAUAACAGGCUCAAGGAGAAAUAUAUAUAUAUUUUUUAAUGCUUACAAUUUAUUUAGAAGUAAAGUCACUAAGAGGGUCUGAAAAGCUUCUGAAUCCAGCAGGAAAGUUGUCAACACUGAGCUGGUCCUCAAAAGAUCACAGUUUGCUGAAAGUAGUGAGGAGUUUGGUACAAAUAUAUCACAAUGUGUGGUCUUUUUCUCCUCUUCAGUAACAUUACUGAUGAAACGAUGAACAGUCGUGGGAAAAAAUGACAAAGGGGGCUAAACGGCAUCACAGAGAAAACUGAAAGAGCUUCUAGAACCAAAUAUUUCCUGUGACAAGGGGAUGCUGCAUCAUUCUUUGUUGUGACCAGGCCUUAACUUAAAGAAAAGAAUUUCCCCUUGGGGAUAAAUAAAGGAAUUCUGAUUCUGAUAACUGUAACUUGUUCCACAAGUUACAUAGUCUUACUAUAACAAUGAGUAAUAAUUAUUUAUCACCAUUUUGUAGACAAAACCUGCUAGUUAAUUGUUUUUAAUUGCAAUAUAUUUCAGACCGCAAAAGGUUUUUGUUGCAAUAACACUGUUGUUUGUAGAAACUGAAGUGACAUAUUGAGUGCUGGAGGGAUGAAUGCGGUGGGGAACAGCCUGGAGCCAGGAUUCAACAUCAAUCUGUCUGAGACAGAAGAAAAUAAAAUGAUGUUUUGUAUUUUCAAUGCAAAUACAUGUUUCAGUUUUGUUUCCUGUGGCAUAUCCUUGCAUAUUUUUCUACCAAUAUAAACAAUACUUUGUCAGUUACCUACUAGAUCAGCUGAAGUACCAUUUUCUUCUGAGUCUAUUUGUCACUGUCUUUUGCAUUGUUCAACACAGUUCACAAACCUGCUCCAAGUUCAACCAUACCUUGUAAUAGUAAAGUUGCUCAGAGGGUCUGAAAAAUCGACCACACCUCACUGAACCUUGAGCCGAUAUGCACUGUGCACUCAUUCACACUUACUGUUUCUUUCUGUCCAGCUUUUUUUCAUGUCUCAAAUAAAAAGCUCCAAGGUUCAUCUGUGAGGAGGAGGAGCUCUCUGACAGAAAGAGAGAGAGAGGAAGAGAGAGAGAGAGAGAGAGAGAGAGAGGAAGAGAGAGGUGUUUUCACUGCUCAACUCUCGUGGCUUUCCGAAUAGUUUAUAAUGCAGUGGAAUAAAUCUUUGCUUUGCAGUGUAGUGUUUUUGUUUUUUCUUUGCUUUUGUCCACUUUGUACUUCUACUGAGAAACAUUCAAGGUGUCGCUCUGACACACACACUCAAAUCCAUCAUAAGACACAUAACACAAAAAAGUUUUGUGAUCCUUCCUUCAGCAACCAGACAGCACAUGCUACCACUCAGAAGUGCAUCUCUGGCUUCUACAGAGAGCAGACUGGACCACACAGGGGUCAGUGUGUGCCAUGUAGCUGCAAUGGACUCUCCAAUGAGUGUAAUGAGCAUACAGGGAACUGUAUGGUUGGUUUACACACACACACACGCGCACACACACACACACACAAUUACUAUGUUCAAUUGAUGAUCCAAACCACACUUAAAGGCUGACACAUGUGUUGGUCAGCCAAGGCACAAAACAUGUUGUUCAAGCUGUGUUUCAUCUAAUCUCACCUCCAGGACUGUCAGUUCAACACCACCGGGGACCACUGUGAACAGUGUAAAGAGGGUUACUAUGGAAACGCAGCAGACCGGACCUGUCAUGCCUGUCCAUGCCCCUCUACAAGGAACAAUUUUGCUUUGGCCUGUCUGGACAUUGGCUCAGGAGUGGUUGAAUGUUUGUGUAAACGAGGUUACAGUGGAGCCAGAUGUGAAAGGUGGCACAAAACCAAAGCAUCAUUUACAUUUCAGCAUUACUAUCAGUGCA